AUGCAUAUUAUUGACAACCCUCCUAUUCCAUUUUCAACUCCUAUUUUUAGAGGAUUUCCAGAACAUGGAAAAAUAAAGAUUCAUGGAGAACCGUAUUGUGGUUAUAGUAAAGGUUUUGUUGUUGAAUUAUUUGCUGGAAAUGAAAUAGCUUUACAUUUAAAUGCAAGAUUUGGAGCCUGUGGUGAACAUAAAUUAGUUGUUAAUUCUAAUAGAUGUGGUAGAUGGGAAGAUGAAGAUAGACAUCAUAAUCCUUUUAAAAUUAAUCAUCAUUUUCAUUUAAAAAUCAAAAAUCAUGGAUCACAUUUUUCAAUACAUGUAAAUGAUCAUCAUGUUUGUCAUUUUCAUCAUAGAAUUGAUCCUUGUAGAAUAACUGGAUUAGGUAUUAAAGGAGAUGUUAAUGCUUUCAAAAUUCAUUUUGAAGAAUUUCCACAUCAUAAUGGUGGUGGAGUUCACGUUGGAGGAUUUCCAGAACCACCACCACCUUAUAUUCCUGGAAUUGGUGGUGGUGUUGCACCAACGCCUGUAUAUUCACAAGGUGGAAUAGGAUCUGGAGUUUCAGCUCCAGGUUACGUUGGAGGAAUAGGAAGUGGAGCAGCCCCUUUUCCUAGAGGAAUUGGUGGAGGAGUGGCUCCUGGUAUGCCAAUAGGUGUUCAACCACCUCCACCAGCUGUUAUCGGCCAACCGGCACCUGUUGUCGUUAUUGAAGAAGAAAGACGCCAUCAUCAUCAUCAUCAUCAUCAUGGAUUUUUACAUGAUUUAUUCCAUCAUCAUUGA